AUGACAGAUAUUAAAAAAGAUGCAAGGGGUAAUACAAUUGUACCUGCAAGUCAAAGAGCUGAUGGUUCAUUUAGAAAAGAAUUUAAAAUUCGUGCUGGUUACAUACCAGAUGGUGAGAUUAAAAAAUAUGUUAUACCUCAAAAAAGAGAAAUAAGUGAAAAUUAUAAUAAUGAACAAAAUUCUCCAUUUAAACAACAACCACAAACUCAAAUUUCAUCAUCACCACUAAAACAACAACAACAACAUCAUCAACAACAACAACAACAACAACAACAACAACAACAACAACAACAACAACAACAACAACAACAACAACAACAACAACAACAACAACAACAACAACAACAACAACAACAACAACAACAACAGCAACCUCUUACUCCACAAAAGGAAACUGAAAUUUCAUCAUCACCACCACAAGUUGUUCCAAAAAAUAUUCUUGAUGAACUUGAAGAUUAUGUUGAUAGUGAUGAGGAUGAAACAAAUACACCACCACCACCACAACAAAUUCAACAACAACAACAACAACAACAGCAAUCAACUACAAGUAAAACACAAAAAAGAAUAACACCAUCAAAACAAGAUCAACAACAAAGAAAACCAUAUGUAAAAGAAACAAAUAUAGACAAUAAUAAAAAUAGUAAUAAUAGAGAGUUUAAAAAAGAUAUUCAUAAAAAGGAAACAAAACCAAGAAAUAAUGAUGAAACUCAUACCCAUAAUAGUAAUAACAAUAGUAAUACCAAUAAUAAUAAUAAGAAACCAAAUAAUAGAAAACAAAAACCAAUAAAUGAUGAUGAUUUAAUUAGUUUGUCAAAUCAAUUCUCUGAUUUUGAUUUAAGUAAUACUACAAAUAAUAAUACUGCUACCACUACCACUACCACCGCUACUACUACUACAUCAUCAUCAUCAUCAACAUCAUCAUCAUCACCUACAGAGUUAAAAACCAUAACACCAUCACCACAUAAACCAAAGUAUGUACCUAGACAACAUUCUGCUCCAAAUACACCAAACUAUAAUAAUAAAAUAUCACGGGGGGUUAAUAAUAAUAAUAACAAUGAUAAUAGUGAUAAUAAUAAUACUACCUCAAAGUCACCAACUCCACAAACUCCACAAACUCAAAAAACAAAAUCUGUACCAUCAACACCAAUUCAACCUUCAACACCUAUUACACCAACUUCAACACCUAAAUCUGUUGAUGAAAUUGAUAAUUCAUCAGAGAAUUCACCAAUUCCAUUAGCAACUGUAACUCCAAUAACACCAACACCAAUACCAACAUCAACUCCUCCAACAUCAACAUUAAAUAGUGAUGGUGAAAGUUUAAUUGAAAAAAUACAAAGAGAAGUUAGAUUCUAUAAAGAAAGAAAUGAUAGAAUUGAAGCAAUUGAAAAAAAGAUGCAAGAUGGUCAAAAAUUAAAUGUUUUUGAUCAAUCAUUAUUAAAACAAAAAGAAUCAAUUCAAUCUGAACUUACAAAAUUUAAUAGAAUGUUAACAAAUUUAAAAAAGACAACAACAACAACAACAACAACAACACCACCACAAUAA